GUGCCUACUCUGUGUCAGGUACUAUUUGUGACAAUGAAAAUACAACAGUGAAGAGGGAAAGUAGCUCUCUUAGAACUUAUCUCCAUGCAGGCGUGUUUAUGCUGAGCAGGAGAUGGACCCUUUCCAGGGCUCAGGUCUUCACCCCCCAUUCAGGUUUGUUCUCCAUUGCUUGGCCUUUCUCACUCCUUUAGUGUUUCUUCCCCCUUCCUUCAGGGGGUCUCCCCUCCUCCGUCUCAUACAACUCCUCUUCCUUGGGCCCUCCCCACCAGGCCUUAGUUAGAUCAGUUGGUGUAUGUUCCCAGUCUCUGGCAAAAGCCUGUCUUUACCAGGAUAUCGGUGAUCCCUUCCACAGUCAGUCUCCCAGGUAUGUGAGUCCCCGCCCCCACCCCCAUACACCUGGACAUCAGGUGUGUCCUCAUUCUUCCCCAGGGCUCGGGGCAUCUUGCCCUCUGGACAGGUUUGUGCGUUCAACUUCCCGUCGCCCAAGCAUGUCCCUCUCACCUCGGGCCGGGCCGCUCUUCCCCUCAGGGCGCCAGGCCCGGGCCGCGCGGGGACCUCGGGCUCCAGUUCCCGUCGCGAUCCUAGCAGCAGGUCAGGGACUCGGCGGAAGUGACGUCCUCUCCGGGCAGAAGAAGCCGGCCACGUCGCAGAUUAUAAGGGCGGAAGUGACGUCGAAGCCGGGGCAGGGCGAUACUCUAGCUUGGUUCUCGAGAGCAGCGAGAGGUUACUUCCGGGGCGGCACCGAGAAGCUGAAAAGGAAGUGGCGUAGAGCAUGCGCCGGUGGCGUGAUGGAGCAGCAGCAGCAGCAACAGCAACUGAGAAACCUGCGUGACUUCCUGUUGGUCUACAAUCGGAUGACAGAACUCUGCUUCCAGCGUUGUGUGCCCAGCUUGCACCACCGAGCUCUGGACGCUGAGGAGGUGGGGAACUGUGAGGCCUGUCUGCACAGCUGUGCUGGGAAGCUGAUCCAUUCCAACCACCGCCUCAUGGCCGCUUACGUGCAGCUCAUGCCUGCCCUGGUACAGCGCCGCAUCGCAGACUACGAGGCUGUCUCGGCUGUGCCAGGCGUUGCUGCUGAGCAGCCUGGGGUCUCUCCAUCAGGCAGCUAGCCAUCUCCAACCCCAGGAGGGAAGGCCCUGGAUGGACCCUCAGAUUGAAGGACCCAGUGGACCUUAGGGUUGGUGAAUCCUAAACGGAGAGAAUUCGAGGUCGCCUGAAAACUGGCUGUCCUUGCUCCUUUUCCUGGAGCCAAUAUACUCGCUUUUUACUCUGUUUGAUUUAUAUUCUGGGCAAGGAAGCUUUGCAUAGUUUAUUGGCAUAAUCCUUUGUUCUGUCAUUUAGCCAUAUCUGCUGGCUUCAGCCCUGGCAGCUGAUAAGUUGUCUUCUAUAUGUAGAAGGAAAACCUGAGUAUUUGCAGGCAUCUGGUUAAAGCAGGGUCUGUGUGUACAAUUUUAAAAUGAGUAAUAUGUCAGGCUUUAUCUUAGUUUACAACAAAACUACAAGUAAGCGGUAUUAGCCUCACUAAAUAGAUGAGGAAGCAAGAUUCCAGAAUGUACCAGAAGGCCAUUUGAUACAAAAGGAGAUUGGUUCCUGCCCAGAUGACAGAAAAUGGGAGCUCUGUCUAGUUGUCCUUAAGUCUGACUGACUUCAAUGGCUUAUAACCGUGAACCAAGUAUUUGUUGGUUCAUAACUGUUGUUUUGUGAACUAUGUCUUAUAUGUCUAGAAUUCUGCUGGAUCUAGGGAAAGGAGAAGCUGUCGAAGUACAACGGAUCAAAAAACCACAGGGCUUUUGGGCACUGCCUCCUUGAGAAGUUAGUGGCCACAGAAGAGAGAUGAAACCUGUAAGAAGUCUGGAGUCUUGGAACUUCAGCCAUUUCCCCAGGUUGUUACUUUCUUAGUUUGUACAGUCUUCUCAGGAUGAGAAGUAAAACCUUUGAACCAA